AUGUCAAAUACAAAAUCGUGUAACGGGAGAAAUGGCUCUGUUGAUCACGACGAAGAAUUUGUUGUGCCUCAUAUGGAAAUCGCUUGUACAUUGAAUUCUGUCGCUUACAUGCGUGUACUGGAGCAUCCUUGGAUAUAUCUUCACAAUUGGGAGAAUUUGAAUGUUGGAGUGCAAAAUGCUGCUACGCAGGCCUUCUUCAAUGAAGCUCAAGAUAUCAAGAACUACUUGAACUCCAGCGAAGCAGCCUGUGUGAUGCCUGCUGAAUCCAUUGGAGUUGGCUCAAGUCCAGAAUCUUGUGAUUCCGCUCUGGCAUCAACGGAAUCAGAUCAGCAGCACCCGCAGCAAUAA